AUGCCGGCGCUGCUGAUGUCUGAACGCAAAACGAAACCGGCGAGCGGUGUCUCGGUGGGCGACGUCCUGCGUCACAACGUGACGCUGCUGAUGGUGACGGGCGCCUGGCCGCCAGAGGGCGGUCGCUGGUGGCACUUGCUGUACCCCGCCUACACGGCCACCAUAUACUUCAGCAUGCUCGCCACCAUCGCCAUGGGGUUCCUCUUCGCGUACCAGUCGUGGGGCGACUGGGACAGCAUCAUGCUCACGUUCGUCAACACGUUCACUCUGAUCGGCGGCGCCGUCAAACUGGCGCACUUCUCCAGCCACGUCGGCGCCUACCGCCGACUCGUCGCCGCACUUCGUGACGUUAUCAGCGUGCAGUGGGCGCACUGCGAGCGCCACGACGCCUUGAUGGCCAUCUUCACCGGCUCGCACCGCAAGGCCCUGUGGCUGACGUGGGCUCCAAUGGUGUACCUCAACAUCCUGGGGCCUCUCUGGUUCAUGAUGCCCGUCGUGGCCUGGGCAUCGGGCGUUCCUGGCCGGCAGUUCCCCUUCGCCAACGUGCGGGGAGUCGUCAAGACGUAUUUCCCGCUGUACAUCAUCGUCUACUUCAUACAGUGCCACUCAGUUUUCUACUGGAACUUUUUAAGCUUCGGUCUGGAUAUAUUCUUCGUCACGUGCAUGAUAUAUAUAGCUGCACAGCUGCGUAUAAUCGGAGAGCGACUUUCGACUGUCGGAAGAGGAUCAAAAGUCGAGGAAAGUAGAGCUGUGUAUAACGAAAAGGCGCGACUGCAAAAAUUUGGAACCAAAUCGUACAACGCAUCAGAGUCUGGCGGAAGGUCCGAAGAUAUGCACACGGAAUUGGUGGACUGUGUCAAGGCUCAUCACCACACUCUGAGCUUCCUGCACGUGCUGCAGGACGUGAUGAGCCCCGUCGCGAUGGCGCAGUUCGUGUGCAGCGCCACGGCUGCCUGCAUCACGCUCUUUCAGGCCACCUUCAAUCCGGAAGGAAACUCUAUUUUCAAAUGUUUGAUGUACCUUCCCAUGCCAGCAUUUCAAAUAUACAUAUAUUGUUGGGGUGGACAUGAAUUAAUUGAUGAGGGGGCGUCGCUCUCAGUGUCUGCCUACAGCUGCGCGUGGAUCGGGGCGAGCCGACGUGUGACAACAGCGGUGCACACACUCAUGUGCAGGGCGCAGAUGCCGCUCAUACUCACCGCUGGGAAGCUAUAUCCGGUCAACCGGGACACAUUCGUUUCUUUAAUAAACGGGUCGUAUUCAUUCUACGCGCUUUUGCGGCAGAUGAGAGGCCGCUAA